UUUAUCUUUCAGCUUGUGAGUGCUGUCACUUUCGCUUCGCUGCCUUUCAUUGCUAAUUCUUUCACCAUAGCCCCUGCGCAAUUAUCUCCUUCAUCCCCUAGAUAUUCACCCACUUCUCCGAUGGCCUCGCCAACUUCGCCCAGAUAUUCUCCUGCUUCUCCCGCGUACUCUCCUGCGUCGCCCGCUUACUCCCCCGCAUCUCCCGCAUACAGUCCUACAUCUCCACUACGCUCACCCUCGAGCCCUUCUCAGAACGGGACCGCUCACCGCAGUCACUCAUACCAGUCAUCUCCUUCUUGGGAUUGAUCAAUCGUGGUGAUUUUUACCCCCUACAUACACAUACAUUUAGUAUA